ACCAAUGAGGUUAAAGUGCAUGCUAACUUUCAACAAGAGUCAAGUUGCGCCCGCACUAUCGCAAUUGCACUGAAUGCUACUAGACGCUAUUUUUGUUUUGCCAGAAAAGUAAAGAUUUUCAAUUUUUCAAGUUUGUUCCUGAAGAGGCUUUAUUCAAUUUUGGACAGAAGAUAACUGACGAUUUAGUACAGAAAGGACGUAUUUAGGAAUACACAGAACUUGUUCAGAAGAUGCCUAAACAAAGAGCUAGAUCCAAAAGAAGAGCUGCUCCUUCCGACCUCACAGACAGGGACCUUGUCAUAGAUCCCGUGGUAUUGCCACCUGAGGAAACUACUACCAGUAAUUCAUCAAGAGGGCGAAAACGGGUCCGAAACAUUGGUCCAACUCCAUCAACAGCUCCGGUGAUGAACAUUGCAAGUACAACAGCACAGCCAACAGCAGAUGAAAUAGCUGCAGCUAUGAUCACUCAGUUGAAAGGAGCUGGUUUACACCUAACUGACAGCAGUGGAGUCAGACUAUCAGAUGACCGAUUGUCAAGUGUGUGUGGUAUGCGCUCUAGGGCAACACAGGAAGCAGUUUCCGGCACUAAUAACCAGACAGAGAGUCAGCAUACAUUGCCGUCUUCAUCAACAAAUACCGUCCAUUAUUCAUUGGUACCACCUGUGACGUCAGACCUAUCAGUGGCUGGGUACUUCACAGACAGUAGCCCAACAACACAAGAAGACCAAGCAUUAGGUAUUGACAAUUCGUCUAUAGGGCAGACAGCAAGUUAUCUAAUUCGAAAUACUUUACCUUUGGGUUUUAAUGUCAGUGAAAACAUUAGGAAAGACAUAAUGUCCGAUAGUUACGUUGAUUUUGUUACCCUUUCUCCAAAUUUUAAUGAAGAUGAAGAUGAUGAUGUUCUUUUCAAAUCGAAAGCAGUAAAAAUUUCUACAUACGCAAAUCCAAAGCAGAUAUUUUCAAUCCAUCAGUGGACUGCAGCUUUUGAUAUUUAUAUGUCUAUUUAUUAUGUGAACCAUCCAGAACAUAUUUUAAGUCUUAUUAAAUAUACAUAUAAUGUUAGAGCGAUGUCAAAGCAAUUUGGGUUUAACAUGGCAAAAUCUUAUGAUGAAACGUUUAGAAAGGUACGCAGAGUGAUGAAAUUUGAUUGGGCAGUUGUAAAUGAUGAUCUUUGGCGCACUGCCUUUUAUGAUCAUUUCAAUCGUUCAAAUACUAAUACUGGUAACAAUGCAUCAAAUAAUAAACAAGUCAAACAAAGUGGAGGUCCUCCCUUUCAACGGCGGGUUCAGCAACAAAGCAGUCAAUUCCCACCUGGUUACUGCUGGACCUACUGUAGAACAGGUGGCUGCUCCAGUGACAACUGCAAACAUAAGCACCAAUGUUUGCAAUGUGAUAAAAAAACAUGCCACAGUCUCAUGUAAAGAGUGGCUUACAACCCACAAGUCUACCAACACCAAUAAAAGUAAAUAAAUUAAAAAAUUUCCUCAAAGGAUAUGACAAAUCAAUGAAAUUAAAUUUAAUACAGGGUUUUACAUCUGGCUUUAAAAUAAAUUCUUUGCUUGAUAAAAAAGUGGACAAAUUUCCUUCCAACCAUAAAAGUGCAAGAGAAAAUCCUGACGCAGUCAACCUCAAAUUAAAUAAGGAAAUUAUGAAAGGCAGAAUAAAAGGACCUUUUAAUGAACCACCCUUUGAAAAAUUUAUCUGUUCUCCCUUGGGUCUAAUACCUAAAAAAGAAAGUGGGUCUUUCCGUUUAAUUCAUGACCUAUCUUUUCCAAAGGGGGACUCUGUCAAUAUUUGGACCCCACCUGAAUACACUUCAGUUUCAUAUCAAAAUAUUGAAACUGUCUAAGAACUUGUUCAAGAACACGGUUUCAACUGUGAAAUGAGUAAGGCCGAUGUUGAAGAUGCGUUUCGUCUAAUUCCUGUGCAUUUUUCAGAAUACCAUUUAUUAGGCUUUAAAUGGGAGGAUAAAUUUUAUCAUGAUGCAGCCCUCCCCAUGGGGGCCUCUUCUUCUUGUCAACUUUUUGAAAAUUUUUCCUCUGCUCUUCAGUGGAUUUUGAAUGGCAAAUUUCAAAUAAGAGGUGUUUCACAUUUGCUAGAUGAUUUCUUUUUUGUAGGGGAAGCAAAUACUAACAAGUGUUCUGUAGCACUUAACACAUUUUUAACUUUAUCAAAAACUUUAGGUGUUCCUAUAAAAGAUGAAAAAAAAUCAAUUACCUACAACAUGCAUAACUAUCUAUGGCAUUGAGAUUGAUUCUAGGGCUAUGGUAGCUCGAUUACCAAAAGAUAAAAUAGCAAAAAUUUUGGGUCUCCUUAACAUAUUUAAGUUAAAAAAGAAAGUUAUUCUUCGAGAAUUACAGUCUCUUUUAGGUUUAUUGAAUUUUGCCUGUAGUGUUGUAGUUCCAGGACGAGCAUUUCUGAGAAGGUUAUUUGAUCUAACAAUAGGCCAUUCAUGUCCUCAUUAUAGAAUUACACUAAAUUCAGAAUCGAGAGCCGAUUUGAGGGCAUGGUUUGAUUUUAUAUCUAAUUACAAUGGGAAGUCCUGUUUUUUGUUUCAAAAAUGGGUGUCUUCCGAAUCAUUAAAAUUGUAUUCAGAUGCAGCUGGGGUUCAUGGGGGAUAUGCUGCUGUUUUUGGUAGUACUUGGUUUGCAGGAGAAUGGCCUCAAAAUAUGCUUCAAUUACACAUUACAAUAAAGGAGUUGUUUCCUAUUGUUCUUGCUGUGGAAAUAUGGGGAUAUUCAUUGUCAAAUCAUAAAGUAUUGUUUUUGACUGAUAAUCAGGCGGGUUGCUGAUAUCAUUAAUAAAACUUCAUCACGAGAUAAAAUUUUAAUGAAAUUGGUACGCAGGUUAGUUUUAGCAUCGCUGAAGUUUAAUAUUCAUUUCAAAGCAAAGCAUAUUGCGGGUAAGACAAAUGUAGUCUGUGACUUGUUGUCUCGUUUUUCUUUUCAGAAAGCCCAUCAUAUAGCUCCUUGGUUAAGUUCAACUCCAGUUUCAGUGCCACAGCAUCUUUUGAAUCUAUGACGAGAAAAUUAUUGCAAGCUUCACUAUCAACGGCUUCAAGAGCUUCUUAUAAUAGAAUGUUAAAAUCAUACGAACAGUUCUGUAAGGAACAUUUUCCUUUAUCACAGGCUUAUCCAUCUACGCACAUGAUGGUGUCUCAUUUUAUUAGCUUUCUGUUUCUGCAAAAUUAUAAACCAUCUACAAUAGCAUCUUAUGUUUCUGCUAUAAGUUAUGUUCACAAGUUAAAAUGUUUGCCUGAUCCUACAAAUUCUUUUUUAAUAAGAAAGAUUAUCAAGGGAGCACAAAAUUUGAGAAGUUCCUGUGACACCAUAUUACCCAUUACAAAAGAGAUAUUAUCAAAAUUAUUGUAAGCGGUUUCCCAUGUUAUACGGGA